AUGGAGAAAGAAAAUCAAACUGUGGUUACAGAAUUUGUCUUUCUUCAUUUCACUAGCAUCCCCAAGCUUGAGAUGGUGUUGUUUGUGCUCUUCUUAAUCAUCUACAUCCUAUCUCUUAUGGGGAACUUGCUGAUUAUACUCAUUGUGGCUGUGGACUCACGCCUACAGACCCCCAUGUAUUUCUUCAUCUGCAAUCUCUCGAUGGUCGAAGUCUGGUACACCACUGUCACAGUGCCAAAGAUGUUGGAGAAUUUACUGGCUCAGAAGAGGACAAUUUCCAUUCCAGGAUGUAUCACUCAAUAUUACUUCUUCUUUGCCUUUGCUGCAAUUGAGCUGUUUAUUCUGACAGCCAUGGCUUACGACAGGUACCUUGCAAUUUGCAACCCUCUACGAUACUCCGCCAUCAUGAACCCUAGGACAUGCAGGAAUGUGGCUGUGAUAUGCUGGGUUGUGGGAUUCAUAUGCCCUACAUUCCCUUCCUUCAUGUUAGCUAAAAUUUCCUUCUGCAGCCCCAACAAAAUCAACCACUUCUUCUGCGAUGCUGGGCAGAUAUUUCGCCUUUCGUGUACUGACACUUAUUCUAUUCAGGUCAUUGGCUACGGCUUCAGCAGUGUUAUUGUAAUGGCCACUCUUUUGUUCACUCUAGGUUCUUAUGUGCAAAUCGUAAUCACUAUACUGAAAAUGUCUUCUGCUGCUGCCCGGAGGAAGACAUUUUCCACCUGUGCCUCCCACCUCUCUGUAGUCACCAUCUAUUUUGCAACACUCAUUUUCAUGUAUGUCCGCCCAGCAGUAAAAUACAAAUCUAAUGCCAACAAAAUAGUAGCGGUUUUCUACUCUGUAAUCACACCCUUGCUGAAUCCAAUGAUAUAUACCCUGAGGAACAAGGAUGUGAAAGAAGCUUUGAAGAAAACUUUUCUCAUAAAUAAAGUCUAA